AUGACAGGGGCGCGCGCUAACAACUAUGGAUCAAGGAUUGACAUGAUUCUGGCAGCCCAGGGAGUGGGGGAGGCAAGCUUCAUUGAGCGCUUAGUGCAUUGUGACAUCUGGCCGGAGAUGGAGGGGUCUGAUCAUGCCCCAGUGUUUGUUGACAUGGAGCUGCUUCAGCCACUCUCCUGUCGCUUGACUAUCCCACCCCCUGCUGUGAGCUCAAGGGCCCUGUUUGCUGCGAAGCAAAGGCAGCUGGACUCGUGGCUCGGUGCUUGCAAUGUGCAGAAAGGGGCAGCUCAGAGGCAGGCAGAGGACUCAAGAGUGUGCGCAGCGCCAAGGCGUGACAAACCAGCUGGUGCAACUGUUGAUGGCAGAGAUUGUCAAGACAUGAUUGGGUGCAAUGAUGCCUGUGGGAGAGGACAGGGUUCAGGGAAGAGUGAGGCUGCAGUUAAGAGGACCAUGGGGCACAGCAUCUUAGGCACUGCAGUGCCAGCCAAAAAGAGACGUGAACAACGAGAUGUGCGAGAGUUUUUUAACGCGAAGCCAUUGGUGAAAGAGGGGACCCCCAGGAUUACUAGCACAGGGAAAGAUCGUCUUCCCAAACCCAGUGAUGAUGCUAAAGAGCAGCCAGGCUUGCAAAACAAAGGCACAGAGCUGCAAAAGGGUACAUCUGCAAAAGCAGCAUCUCCAAGCCAUUGUCCUGCUCACCUGAGAGGUUCCCCGGUGAGAGAUAGCUCGAAUCUUCCUGAGGAAUGGAUUAAGAGAGCCGAAUCCGUAGCAGCUUGGGAACGAAUAAAUCGAAUGCUGCAACCUCCUAGGUGCCAGGGUCAUGGGGAACCCUGUGUGAUACGGGAGGUCAAGAAGCAGUGCGCAAACAAGGGUCGUUUGUUCUUCGUUUGUGCUAGGCCUGAAGGCCAUAGACCCAAGGGUAGGUGCAAUCAUUUUGAAUGGGCUGCAAAGCGUUCGUAUCGAGGGUAG